AUGGCCGGCCUGUCGGCCUCCCAGCCGGCGGCCGGCGGGCGCCUCGUCUCGCGCGGCGGAGAGCGACUCAAGCCACAGAUCGUGCACGCACUGGCCAGCGCCGAGCUCUACUGCUCCUGCCUGGCCAACAUCUACGCCGACCCCAACUACCACAACCUGUCGCACUGGGGCAUCAUCCAGGCGCUGGCCAGGAAGGGCGUGUACGUGGCCGAGCCGAGCGACGUGGCGCUCACCGAGACGGUGCUCAUCCAGACGGGACCCAUCAAAAUGAGCGCGCACAUGGCCGUGAUGGAGGCGAUCAUGGCGCUCUACAUCCGCGAGGUGAUCACAGCCGAGCGGGUGGUGGGCGUAGUGCGCCGCUUCACCCAGCUGCAGGCCUCCACCGAGCUGCCCGCCGACCAGGAGGAGGCGCUCCUGCUCUGGAUCAACAAGGCGUGCGCUCGGCUGCGGCUGCAGAUCGCCGCCGAGUGUCGCGCCCAGCCGGAGGAGGGCGGCGUGCCGAGCUUCCCGCUGCAGCAGGACAUGUCGGACCUGUCGGACGGCACGUGCCUGGCCGGCCUGGUGGCGCUCUACUGCCCGGACGAGCUCUCCUGGCCGGAGGUGGCCUUCUCCGACCCGCCGCGCAUCGCCGACAGCCUCUACAACCUGCAGCUGCUCGAGAAGUUCUGUCACGACGCGCUGCCCUAUAACCCGCACUUCCUCACGCUCGAGGACAUCCUGUACAUGCACAGCUCGGUGAAACAGAACCUGCUGGUGCUGCUAGCCGACCUCUUCUACCUGUUCGAGAUCAACCCGGCCAAAUGUGUCAGACAGCCCGUCAUGGGCAAGGAGAGGGUGAUAGAGGAGAUGCGCCGCCAGGGCGGCCUGGGCGGCAGCCCGCGGCGCUCUCAGCCUGACCUGCGCGGCUCAGCCAGCCAGGCGAGCAGCUUCUCAGGAGGGAAAUACCCGCACUCAGAGCCAUCUGUUGUCAUGCGGAGAAGUAGAGGCUCGCGCUCGGCCGAGAGAGGGAGGCAGCGCUUCAGCAUGUUUGAAGGUGGGUGCUGCGCCUGGGCGUCGCUGUACCCGGACUGGUGGUGGCGCUGUUCGCACCCGGCCACCGAGCGGUGCCACUACUGCUCGCGGCCCGGCCACCUGCCGUUCGAGCAGCAGUGCUUCCACCAUCUGGCCGACGCAGCGGGACGGGAGAGUCCGUCGGCACCGAGCGGCGGCUCGCGGCGGCCCCGCUCCGUCUACCCCGGCGACGACCGCUCCGUCUACCGCGACGACGACAGGUCCAACUCGGAGGAGAGCGAGUUCGUGGUGCAGCGCGCGGCCGGCCCGCUGACGCUGUCGCGGCUGGCGCACCAGCGCCGCUCGCAGAGCCCGCCGUCGUCGGUGAGCAGCACACACCGCGACCUGCUCAAGGAGAGCACCAUCAGCUUCGGCGACCGCGACCCCUUCCAGGACGUGGAGCAGGAGCGGGCGCUGUCGCGCAGCGCCAGCCGCCAGAGCCUGUACGAGACGCGCAGCGACAGCCGGCAGGAGCUCACGCGUCCGCCCAGUCGCAAUCUCUUCCAGGAGAGCACCAUCAAGGAGCACUUCAAGCCGACCGGCCGGCGCGGCGGCGACGAGCCCGCCGACGGCUUCCGGCCCAUCGGACGCGACGCCGACGACGGCGGCGUCGACAUCGACAACCGCGUGCUGGACGCCCUGGAGCGCGAGGCGCGCGGCGACUCACCCUCCAAGGGCAACCUGGUCAUCAUGUUCGACAACAACGACGAGCAGAAGCCGACCAGCUUCGCCGAGCUGUCCAAGGUGCAGCCCAGCAGCAGAGCCAGCGGCCUGGCCUCCCCGGCCUCGGAGGGCGCCCCCGAGCCGGACGUGAUGGCCUCAGAGCUGCACAGCAUCAAACUGCGCCUCGAGGAGAAGCGGCGCAACAUCGAGAAGGAGAAGCGGCGCAUGGAGUCGGCCAUGAGCCGCCAGAAGCAGACGGUGGGCAAGCAGGCGUUCCUGCAGGCCAUGGGACAGGAGAUGAGUCAGAAUCUGAGCCACAUGAAGGACAAGUGGUCUCGGGUGCCCGACGCCGCCGGCAGUCCGGACCUCGACAACAUGGACUACGACCAAUAUACCAGCUCGCUGCACAGCAUGAACGAGUCGCUGACGGAGCUGCAGGACGACAUACAACGGCUGUCGCAGCAGCAGUCGCAGAUGCAGCAGAUGCAGAACAUCAUGCAGAACGGUGGCCAGACUCAGCCGCCGUACCAGCAGGCGUACCAGCAGCCGCAGUACCAGCCGGGGCCGCCGCAGUACCAGGCCGGGCCGCCGCCGCCGCCGCCCGGCCAGUUCUACCUGCACGACCAGGCCGGCCAGCGCCGCCAGUGGGGACAGCCCAUGGCGCCCGACGACGUGUACCAGCACAUGUCCCCCAGCCGAGCCCGCUGGGGCCAGCCCGUCAGGCCCAUGAUGCCGAUGCAGCAGCAGUACGGCGCGCCGCCGGCUGACCCCUACUACCAGCCGCAGCGGCCGUUCCUGCUGCACCACGAGCAGCAGGACGGCGGCAUGAUGGCGCCGCAAGGCAUGCCCGGCCCGAUGGCGCCGCCCGGCGGCUACCACCCGGACUACAGUCCGCGCAUGUACGGCGACUUUCAGUACGGCCGCGAGGAGCAGGGCUCGCCGCGCGUGCCGACGCAGCAGCCGCCGCCUCCGCCGGAGAAGGAACAGGACGAGCCGUCGCCAGAGGUGCUGGCUGCCAUGAAGGUCGACAAGAUCCGCGACAGCGCCGACCCAGAGCUUGCCGAAGCCGCGCCUGGGGCGCCCGUCCGGACGCCGGCGAAGACGGCCAGCUCCGGCGGCCUGCUGGACAAGCCGCGGCCUGCCAUCCCGCCCAAGCCGAAGCCGUCGGCCUUCUCGCUGGGCGGCGACGGCGGCGGCGGCGCGGCGUCGGGCGCCCCAUCGGCCUUCUCCACGUACACCAACGGCUCGCCAGCCAGCCGGCCCCUCCUGGAGAAGCUGGAGGUGGACCCGAACCUGCCGCCGGAGACGAUGCGCCCGCUGCGGCCGCCCAGCCAGAGCUCGGCCGGCGUCGGCCUCGUGAUCGGCGACCAGCUGGUCAGCCCGCAGUCGGAGGCCAUGGACGAGAUGGAGCGGAAGAAAGAGCGCAUUCUCAUGAUGUCGCUGAAGAGGAAACAGGAUGCGGAGGCGGCGCGGCGCCGCAAGGAGGAGGAAGCUCUGGCGAGGAAGGAGGACGAGGCGCGCAAGGAGGAGGAGAAGCAACGCAAGAAGGAGGAGGAGAAGGCUAAGAAGGAGCGCAUCUUCGAGCAGUACAAGCUGAAGAAGGCCCGAGAGGAGGCGGAAAAGAACGGGACGGCGCCGCCUCCGAUGCCCAGCAAGCCGGCCGUGCGGCCCCGGCCCAAGUCGACGCCCAGCAAGCCACGGCCCAAGUCGAUGAUGGACGGCGGUCCGAUGACGCCGAGCCGAGGCGGCCGCGGCAGCAGCUCCAACCUGCAGGCCAUGUCAGAGGUGGAGCCGGCGGCUGAGGCGGCGCUGGGCAGCUCGCUGGUGCGGCACCGCAGCCUGAGCCGGCGGCGGCGCUCUAACAUAGCCGUGUCGACGCGCUCCAAGUCGCUGAGCCGCCGCCUGCAGACUCCCGAGCAGCUCAUGUACCCCGACAAGGGCCGGGAGGGCAGCGAGCAGUGGGGCUCGUCCUCCAGCCUGGCGGCGGCGGCCGGCUCGCGGCGGGGCUCCAACGCCAGUCUGUACGAGCCGAGGUACUCGAGACCGGUGGCGGGCCACUCGGGACGCAAGGUCUCCAACGACGGCGGCGGCAUGCGCAAGGACGGCCACCGCACGUCGACGGGCAGCUUGAGCGGCACGGCCGGCCGGCCCCGCUCGCGCAUGGGGCCCCGCACUGGCAGCUCCAGCUCGCUGUACGAUGACGAUUCGGGCGGCUACCGGAGAACCCAGUUCGCCCACUCGGGCCGACGACCGUCAGCGGCCGCGGAGCGCGCCGGCGCCGCCGGCGGCCAGCGGCCCAGCCUCAGCGGCGAUGUCAACCGUACCUACUCGAAGGCGGCCGGCGUCGGCGGCCGCCGCCAUCACCAGUCCCUGACCAACCUGUUUGGCACCGGCGGCGGCACGCCGCGCUACUCGGAGACCGACUCGGGCCUGGGCCGGGACACGCCCACGCGCCGCGGCGUCUCGCCCGGAGCGUACUCUCGCGGCGUGACGUCGCCGUCCGGUCCCGGCUCCCUGCCGCCCGGCCUGGUGUCGCGGCGACGCAACUACGGAGACGACGCCGCCAGCGACACCUCGUCCAUGGCCAGCUACGACUACAACGGGCCACGCCUCUUCAAGCAGCCGACCACCAAGUCGAACCGGUCGAUCCUGCUGAACGCCGUCGAGUACUGCGUGUUCCCGGGCGCCGUCAACCGGGAGGCCAAGCAGCGCGUGCUGGAGGAGAUAGCGCGCGUCGAGGCGCGCCACUUCCUCAUCCUGUUCCGGGACGCCCGCUGCCAGUUCCGCGCCCUCUACUGGUACGAGCCCGAGACGGACGAGGUGGUCAAGCUAUACGGCACCGGACCCAAGAUGGCCACCGACAAAAUGUUCGACAAGUUCUUCAAAUACAACUCCGGCGGCAAAUGCUUCAGCCAGAUCCACACCAAGCACCUGUCGGUGACGAUCGACGCCUUCACCAUCCACGACGCGCUGUGGCAGGGCAAGCGGCCCAGUCUGCCCAGCAAGAAGGACAUGACCCUCGUGACGUAACGGCCGACCGACCGGCGCGUCCCCCACCCCCUCCCCCCGCACACAUUCCGCUCUCGCGUCCGCCAACGUCUCAGCUAGCUCUAGACCCGUGGAUGUGAUAUAGCAAGUGGCUUGGUCAGCUGGCGCUCGGACGGCCGCGAGGCCGGCAGCUAGGACUAAUACUCGUGCUGCCAUCUGUGGGCACGGCGGCCAAGCUGUGGCGGCGUUUCCUAUUGGAUGUGGCGCCGUCGGCCGUCGCGCGGCCGUUCCCGGCGCGGACUAAUCGUGAUAAAAUGCUGCUUGUGCGCGUGUGAUGUGGCCCGCCCGGCCGUCCCGUGGCGUGUUAGCCAGAGACAAUUAUGAAACGCAUAAGAACUAAUUUGCGACUGUCGGGUCGUGUUGUAUAUAACUAGCUUUACUAAUGUCUGAUGCAUUCUUUUUUAUUGCGUUUUGUUUUGUACAUUAGCUGUUUUAUCGUCAUCUAUUCCAAACGCUGACUGUAAAAUAUUAACGUGGAAGUACUGGUGUCGACUAAAUGUUGCUUUUCCCAACACCUAAUAAAUGAGCCGAAAGAACCUGGA